AUUGUAGAAUCAGAGAAGGAUCUUUGCUUUUCCGACAAUGGCGGCUACUACAUUGUACAAGUCUUGUCUUCUUCAACCCAAGUCCGGCUCCACCACUCGCCUAAACCAUUCUCUCGUUAAGCCCCUUUCGAAUCCGACCAGAGUUUCGGCUUUGGGGAAGACUCGUAGAGAUGUCGUUGCGAGAGCUUCGAUUGAAAUGGCGGAAUCGAACUCGACACCUUCCGCUGUUGUGAAUUCCUCUAAGCAGAAUGGUCCCAUCAUCGUGAUUGAUAAUUACGACAGCUUCACCUACAAUCUCUGCCAGUAUAUGGGAGAGCUAGGAUGCCAUUUUGAAGUUUACCGCAAUGAUGAACUUACAGUAGAGGAGCUGAAAAGUAAAAAUCCAAGAGGGGUGCUGAUUUCUCCUGGGCCUGGUACUCCUCAAGACUCUGGGAUAUCCUUGCAAACUGUUUUGGAACUCGGACCACGUGUUCCUUUAUUUGGAGUAUGUAUGGGUUUGCAGUGUAUAGGAGAAGCAUUUGGAGGAAAGAUUGUGCGAUCACCAUUUGGUGUUAUGCAUGGGAAAAGCUCAAUGGUUUACUAUGAUGAGAAAGGAGAAGAAGGUUUAUUCUCUGGAUUAUCUAACCCGUUCCUUGUAGGUAGAUAUCACAGCCUCGUGAUAGAAAAAGAUACAUUUCCAAGUGAUGAACUCGAGGUUACUGCGUGGACAGAGGAUGGUUUGGUUAUGGCGGCCAGACACAGGAAGCACAAGCAUAUACAGGGAGUUCAAUUUCAUCCGGAGAGUAUUAUAACAACUGAAGGCAAGACAAUUGUCCGCAAUUUCAUCAAACUUGUAGAGAAAAAGGAGGCUGAGAACUUGAGAUAGGCGCUUGUCUCAAUGAGAAAAUCAGCUAUGUACGAUUAGUGCCUUUCUGUAAUAAAGUUUGCCAAUGCAAAAUGCUCCUUGUCAUCAUCCUCCCAUUUUUUCUAUCGUAAAAUUUCGAUUUAGUCCUCUAUUUUUUUUAGUUUGUCAAAUUUGGAAAACAGAGAACUAUGUGAUUGACGCAUGUCCAACGAAAAAAUAUGACAGUAAACAUUUCAAUUCGUUUUUUA